AAGUACUAUAAACUAAUUUAAAUAACAUUCAUAUAUUAUAUUUAAAUAUUCCUACAUUUUCUUAAAAUUCACCCUGACAAUAUACCUAUUACUGCAAUCCAUACAUAAUAAUGAACAAAAUCCUUUGCUGAUACAACAUAAAGAUUUUAUUGUUAUUUUCACAAUGAGUGAGUGAAUGAGUAAGUAUUAGUUACCAUGUAUUUAUAAUGCAAUUGUUACUAAGAUGCUCUGAUCAUAACAACAUAUCUUGAUACUUAAUCACUCCUUGUCCCAGCUGUGGCUGCACAUCACAUCCUAUCAUAAGUAUAGGACACAAAACUACUUUGAAUACAUACAUGUACUAUAAAGAGAAAUAAUCACUAUAUAAAAAAAUUAAAUUUAAAAUUUGUGCCAUGCGCACACAAAGUUGUCAAUUUGGCACAGGAAAUUUGAAAUGAAAAUCUUAAAUAAUUUCUUUUUAAUUCCUUUGUGUCUUUUUAUGGGGCUAGCCAAGCUCAAUAGAUGUUUAUUAUAAUAAUUAUUACAGAUCCACAUGAUGAACCUUUUGCCUGAAUAAAAAUGCUAUAUGCAACAUUUAUUAUAAGUGUAAUACAAACUAUCAAUACCGUGCAUUGUAUUAACAAUAACAUGUACAUGAUUUAGUUUCAUUAUACCCCUCUAACCGGCUGAGAUAAAGAAACUUUGGCUUUACUUAAACUUUGGAGCCUUCCCAUUUUUAUUACUCUCAGUAUUAAAUUUAACAUUUUUGACCUCGAGUUGUGUCAAUAUAGUUUAUUCUUUUGUUCGGGAGGCCAUCUUACCUUCCAAGUAAAUAAAAAAAAUUAGUGUUACCAUUUCUUGUCAUUAAUUGGCAAAAACAAACCAAUAAAAUUGAUUUCUGUGCCGAGGCAAUGGAUGACACAAAUCAUGUUUGACAUAAAUAUGAUGCUAUAUUUGAAUUUAACUUAAAUAGGAAAAGUUUCUAAAUUGCAAGAAAUGAUUUUGAUUUCUGUUAUGCGAUAUCACAAACUUUGAUACCGAGUAGAGUAUGUCGAUGCGAAGGGCGAGUUGAGACAGUUUGGUUAUUGAAAUGUUAAAUAUUGUCAACAAACCGUAACAAAUUCUCCUUCUGUAUGUUUCUGCCCACAUUUGAGUGCCAUUUAAUAAGGUUGGACACCCCUGCACGAGGCGUGUAUAUAUGGCUGGUACCAGGUGGUCAUAGUCCUUGUCAAGGGUGGGGCCAACGUGAACGCGAGGGGCCUCGACGACGACACCCCCCUGCACGACGCCACCACCUCGGGCAACUUGAAGAUGGUUAAAUUUCUAGUUGAGCAUGGUGCCGAUCCAUUUGUUAAAAAUGCAAAGGCUAAAAUGCCCAUCGAUUAUGCGGCUCCUCAUAUUUACGAAUUUCUGGAAUCUUUGAAGGAUAAUAACGUGAGAGCCUCACACACGGGUCGGGCAAGAGAUGACAGCAGCAAGAAAGUUGGCAAUGCAAGUACUUCUAGUGACAGCAGCAAGCGCAACAUGGACUGCCUAGCACAGGAACACUUUGACAACAAGGACUCAGCGGCACAAGACAAAGGCAGUGGAGAUAAUAAAGAUGAAGGCAAUCAACUUAGUAGUGGAGUUGUGUCUUCAUCUCAGGAUGAAGUAGCCGCAGGCCCAAAACGGCCGUUCACAGAUGAAGGUCAUGAGGCAGACUCUGUAGAAGAUGACAUUUCCAAACGCAAGAAGAGAAAGGAGAAUGAAGAUAAGGAGCCCAUGGCUAAACCAGCUCCAGUUGCACGUAGUGGCCCCGGACGCAUUCUUACAGGCACAAAGCCUCCAGGGCCAGCUAGUAAGACUGGUGCCACUCCACUAGGAAAAGGUGCCAAUGUGCAGGGUGGAGGAAAAGGCAGCACGGCAGGCUCCUCCACAGGGAAAGCUGGCCAGCAAGCUCAGGGCAAGGGCGGCAGUGUGGCGGGCAAACAGGGUGCUCAAAACCAGGGCAAGACAUCUGGUAGUGCAAAAGGUGCAACUAGCAUGGCUCCAAGUAAACAAGAGCGAAAAAGCCCAGUAGCCAGCCCCAAACCAAACCAGGCCAAGGAUGCUGACGGUGACUCUGAAGAUCAGAAAAACCAAGAAUCUACAGCACCCAAGGUGCCGCCAUUAAAGAUAGUCAUACCAGGCGGCGCAGGGGGCUCUGCCAACAGAAACGAGCAAGAAGGUGAAGGUGGGACCGGGCAACGCGGCAGCGGGAAGGGACGCGGCAGUGUGGCGACGCUGCCGUACGUGCUGCCGUGCACCAGCGCCGCCGACGCCGGCCAGACCUCGGACAGCUCCGACGGCAACUCGGACGACAAGCGCCCGGGAGAAGGGGGCAAGGCUGGGCAAAGAGUCCUCCGUUCGCACAGGACGAACGAUGGAGAGAGAGAGAAGGACAAGGAGAGGACUUCCCCUCAGACAGGGAGCGAGAGUCGCUCCGGGACGGGUUCCACUCAAUCGACAUUGAGUUCCAACAAGAGCCCCCCGCCCUCGGGCUCUGGGCAGGAUAGCGAGCAUGCUCCAUCUACAUCGUCUGGCAGUACCAGUGCCCGCUCCGAGACAGUGAACAAUCCUGGGCCCUCAGUGGAGCUGCACCCUCGGAAGCGCAAGAUUAAGGCUUCUAAGGAUAGCCACUCGCGGGAGCCCGUCAAGACAGAGCCCACGCCAGACAGCACCGUGUCUCACAAUGUCACACAUUCCAACCCCUAUCAAAUGUACAUUCAUAUUCGUAAACAGAUUGAAAAUCGCCAGAAGAGCCUGUUUCCUGUCAAGCCGAAACCGCCCAAGGACUUUAACAAGUACCUGAUGAACCGCUGUACUUACACUCUGCAGAGUAACGUGAACCCGGACCCGCAGGUGGAGAUACCACACAACAUGCCACCGCAAAUGGUCAGCGAAUUUACAGACCAGGAAAAAGAACGGACACGCAUGAGAAUCCAGCACCUAGUCGAGAAAGAAAAACUGGUACUAGCUGUAGAACAAGAAAUUUUACGCGUGCAUGGGCGCGCCGAACGCGCAGUGAUAAAUCAGUCUCUUCCUUAUUCGGUGUGCACAAUGUUGCGUGAUAAGGAAGUUUAUAACGUGCUGGCUCCAGAGCAAGAGGAGAAACGGAACGCGCAGCGCUCGCGGUGCAACAGCCGACAGAUCAACUCUUGGCUGCAGGAAGUCGAUGAUAAAUGGGAGAAAAUUAAGGAGGGCAUGCUUCGGCGUCAGAACACGGAAGCUGAAACUUUACAUGCUGUUCAAAAAAUGGGAUGGGAGUGGAAACUGAAAGAACUCGGUAUUUGCGACUACAAAACCACCCCUAAAAUAGAUCCCACACACGUACCUCAAAUAUUUGUUUCUAAUUUCGACUUGCGCGCCUAAAACCGAAUAUCAGCCUGGUAUCCAGACUGAUAUCCUUGUUUAUAUUAUUGCUGUAAUUAUUAUUAAUAAUAUUGACUAUAAUUAUGUUUUCUUAUCAUACUUGGACAUAUUCAAUUGGUGCUAAAAAUUGAAAUUUAAAUUAUAAUUUUACCUUGACAUCAGCGCUGUUUUUCGCGUUUCUGACGGCUUUUAGUGAAUUGGAUAGCAUUGUAAGAAGCAUGAUGCUGCGUGCAUUUACUCUCCUUGGGUUUGUUCCCUACGCCGGGCGACCGAUCUCUGCAGUCGUGCACAUACAUUGUAUAAUACAUGCCAUGAGUAAAUGGCUAGUUGCAGCCGGGUGUUAACUGCUACAGUAGCAUUCAAUACUGAAAAGCCACUGAUUUUAUAGUGAUUUAUAUUGAACGUAAAUAAAACUAAUUCGCCAAAUUUAUUCUCAUGGCAUUAGUAUUUGUUAUCAAUUAUCAUCCUCUUGUUUGUGAUUGAAUAUAAAUUAACCUGACAAUUAACAACGAAACGCGAAUUCUAUUUGCGUUCAUGAAGUUUGUCACAAGUGCAGAUGCCGAAUCCGGUCCCGCUUGGGCACUUAAAUUGUAUUUUUUUGUGAUUUUUUUUUAUCUUUUGUUAUUUUUAAGAAUUUAAGUAAUGAUCUCAUUUAUAUGAUAUGAUACUUGAUUAUUAUGAAUUAUGAUUAAUAAACAAAUGUAGAUUCUAAGGUAACUUCAUUCAUUGUUAACAUAAAAAUAAAGUAUACAAUUGAUGUAAGGGUUAGCUAGAACAUCAGACAUUGUAUUAUCUAGCAAGCAAGUCCGUUGUAUUCAUUUCAUGUGAACCCUUAAAUAUGUACACACAUUAAAAGCCCAAAGUGUUAAGAUAAUUUCUAUAAGGGACGUGAUAGCGUCCUCCGACAAUGUUAUCGAAAUCCGAAGUUUAGAAUAUUUAAACGGGUAUUCGUUAUCACAUGUGGAUAGUGCAAAAUACUUACGUAUACUUACCACGUGUUUCAUUAAAAAGUAAUUCUGAUAAAUGUUUCUAGAUGUUGUUAUCAAUACAAUAUGUCAGUGUCUGUAAUCAAUCUUGAGUUGAAUAGUAAUUUAACUUAUUAAUCUAUGUGGCUACUAAAUUAAUAUACUGUGUUGUUGUGUGAAUGUGCCGUAAGCAUGGUUCACCUGAUAAUGUUUGGAUUGUGUUUAAUGACUGACAAUUUGGAGAGCCCGCUUCUGUGUAUACUUUAUGGUCUUUGUUGAUAUCAAUGGAAUAGAUUAAGUUUCAUCUUGACUUCAGUACAUAACUGGACGUACAUUUUUGUAAUAUCUAGGACGAGAUGCUAAAUAAAGAAUCAAUGUGAUUAAGAACAGAAA